AUGGCUUUGCGGCUGUGCUUGACGUCCUCGCUGGCUGCUCUCGCUACCUUAGGCUUGCAAGGCUGCGACAGCGGAAGCAAGCCGCCAGCCAACAAGGACACGACCCACACCGUCACGCUGCGGAAUGGCGUGAAGAUGCCCAUCCUUGCAGCAGGAACUUGGCAGUACAACGACUCUGUGGCGGAGCAGGUCGUGGUAGAUGCUCUCGACGCUGGCUUCUCUCACAUUGACACCGCCUACGACUAUGACAAUCAGGUCGGCGUGGGCAAAGGGCUCAAGACUUGGCUCAAGAAGUCUGGCAAGGGCCGGGAAUCCAUUUUCGUGACGACUAAG